UAAUAAUGAUAACUUAACCACAAUCUACCAUUUUCUCAGCAAGUCAGCAUUCUUGGUGGAAAACAAAAAACAAACAGAGAAAAUGUCUGAUAAAGUUGUGAACAGUGAUAAUCUUCGUGUGGUUAUGUUCCCAUUCCUAGCAUUUGGUCACAUUAGUCCAUUUGUUCAGCUAUCCAACAAGUUAUUCUCUCAUGGUGUUGCAAUCACAUUCUUGUCAGCAGCAUCCAACGUUCCCAAAAUCAGAUCAACCCUCAAUCUCAAUCCAGAAAUCAAUGUUAUCCCUCUAAAGUUCCCAAAUGGCAUAAGCAGCACUGCUGAGUUGCCACCUCACUUGGCUGGAAACCUCAUACACGCACUUGACCAAACUCAGCCUCAGGUGAAGUCCCUAUUGUUGGAACUCAAACCCCAUUAUGUGUUCUUUGACUUUGCACAAAACUGGCUCCCAAAAAUAGCUUCUGAAGUUGGCAUCAAAUCUGUUCACUUCUCAGUCUACUCUGCCAUUUCUGAUGCUUACAUCACUGUGCCUUCAAGACUUGUUGAGGGAAGAGACAUCACUUUUGAGGAUCUUAAGACCCCCCCACCAGGGUUCCCUCAAAAUUCCAACAUUUCCCUCAAGGCCUUUGAGGCCUUGGACUUCAUGUUUCUCUUUAGAAGGUUUGGUGAAAACCUCACUGGCUAUGAGAGAGUGUUGCAAAGCCUUGGUGAGUGCUCAUUCAUAGUGUUUAAAACAUGCAAGGAAAUAGAAGGGCCUUACUUGGACUACAUAGAAACUCAAUUUGCAAAACCGGUUUUGUUGUCUGGUCCACUAGUCCCUGAGCCAUCAAGGGAUGUGCUAGAGGAAAGGUGGUCCAAAUGGUUGGACACUUUUCCUGCCAAAUCUGUCAUACUAUGCUCCUUUGGUAGUGAGACUUUUCUGAGUGAUGAUCAAAUCAAAGAACUAGCCACAGGGUUGGAACUCACUGGCUUACCUUUCAUUUUGGUUCUCAAUUUUCCUUCUGAUCUCUCUGCGCAAGAUGAGUUGGAGAGAGCAUUGCCAAAAGGGUUCUUGGAGAGAGUGAAGAAUAGGGGAGUUGUGCAUACUGGUUGGUUUCAGCAGCAGCUUAUACUGAAACAUUCUAGUGUUGGAUGCUAUGUGUGCCAUGCUGGCUUUAGUUCUGUGAUAGAGGCUAUGGUCAAUGAGUGUCAACUGGUGCUGUUGCCUUUCAAGGGUGACCAGUUUUUCAAUUCUAAGCUUGUGGCUAAGGAUUUGAAUGUAGGGAUUGAGGUGAAUAGGAGAGAUGAAGAUGGGUACUUUCACAAGGAGGAUAUACUCAAUGCAUUGAAAACUAUCAUGGUGGAGGAUCACAAAGAGCCAGGGAAGCAUAUAAGAGAAAACCACAUGAAAUGGAGCAAAUUUUUGUUAAAUAAGGAAAUUCAGGACAAAUUUAUCACUGAUCUGGUUGCUCAGUUGAAGUCUAUGGCAUAGUUCACGAUCUGGUCUGACUCUCUGAUUUGGUGACUGCACCAAAUUCAUUUCCUUAGUGUAGUUUUUCCAAUGGAAAAUAAAGUCUGCUAAGACUAAAAUGUAUCAGUUGAAAUCGUCAGAUUUUCAUGUAUCAAUUCUGAUUUGUGAUAUCAGUCUGUUAUUCUUGUGUUUUUGUGUUCCCUUUGUAGUAUUUAAUAUCUCUCUCCUUUCUCAAGUCUACUCUGAAGUUGUAAUAAGACCAAUUAAUACACGAAAUUUCUCAACAUGCAGGUGGGAAAUUCAUCUUUAA